GGUAGUUCUUGCUGAAAAGUGCGCCCUCGACACGUGGUUGAUACGCGAAAAUCAAAUAGUCGCGGAAUGUAAACAUUUUUGAAGGGGUAAAUGAAAAUUCGCGGUUCCCUUAUUGUAAAUUAAAUUAAUAAUAAUGUUUUUGGAAGUGUAAAAGUGACUGAUUUAGUCGUUUUAAAGAAUUAGAAAAAAAUGCGUUGUACUUUGUACGUGAUUAAAUUAAUGAUUUUGUUUUCUGUUUGCCGAGAAACAAUUUGCGUGAAAAUCAACAAUCUUUUGGUGCCCCAAAUCGCCAAGCACGGAGAUCCCGUAGUUUUAGAUUGUGAUUUUAGUUUAGAAGCUGUUGGUGAUGACGAACUUGUGGUGAAAUGGUACAAGAAUAAAACUUUAGUGUAUCAAUGGAUCCCAGCUAUAAACAAGCGCCCCCAAGAUUUGGGUGUAUUAAAAGGAAAAUUAAAUCUUGCAUACGCCGCAAGUGAUGACACGCACAGUAUACAUCGUGCGCUUCAUAUUUUAGCCCCCGGCCCGGAUUUAUCCGGUGAUUACACGUGUUCCGUGUCAACGUUGAAAAACGAAGAUCAAAAAACGAAGAGUAUGCUCGUUUUAGUGACAGAAAAGAAUUUGAUGCUUAGAAGGAAAUUGAUCAACGAGGGUUAUAUGGAGGUAACCUGUAAAGCUGAAGGAGUAUUCCCGAAACCCUCCAUCGUUCUCAGAUCGCAAGAAAGGGAAAGUAUAAAAGCGGAGGUGAACGUGAGGAAAAAGGGCGAGUUGUACGAUGUAACAGCGAUAGCUAUUCUGCCGUCCCUCCAGGACCCGGAGGUGUUCUCUUGUGAGCUCAGGAUACCUGAGGCCAACUACACCAAGCGACAGGAGACAGUUUUCUUCCCGGUGCGGAUGGAACAUGGCAAGAUGCUUACAAAGAAAAAGGUCAAGAUAGUAAAGCUUACAACUCAUUCAACAGCCACACGAGUUGUUUACUUCUUCUAACAACAUUAUAUAUAUAUUUUAGUAUGUGUUAAUUAAAUCAAGAAUAAUGAAUUUACAAUCUGAUGGGCUGAAGAAGAGUUUUAUUAGUAAAAACAAUUUUAAAGAAGACUUUGUAAGAUUUUUUAAGCACUCAAAAAAAAAUCUAACGCAAAAAAAUUUGUGUAAAUAAUCAAUUUUAUGAAACUGAAGAUACGUAGCUUUAUGUGAAACGAAAAAGAAAAUCUGAGAUAAGGAUAAAAAUAUUUUCGAAAAUUUAAAAUAAAAAAGAACCCAAAACAAACUCAAUGAUUUUCAUUCGCGACCACUAAGGAGAUAAAUGAUGUACGUAAACAUUUAAUAUUUAAGAAAAACUGGGAGAUAGUUGAAUAUAUGUACCAUUGUAUAUUUGUGAUAAAAAAAAAUUAAUAUGAGAAAGAGGAAUAAAUGUUUUAAUGUUGAAAAUGAAUAAGGUCUUAUUUAUACAGCGUGUUAAUUAAUUCGUCGUCAUUGCAAGUAUGCAACCAAUAUCACAGUAUUGGUAUUGCAAUACGAAUACUGUGAAAUUGGUUGCAUACUUGAAAUGAAGACGUCGAAUAUGAUAAUUAAUUAACACGCUGUACUAUAUGUUAUUAGAUGUAUUAAAGAAAAUUUUUUUAAUAAGAACCAAAUUACGAGAUUAAUUUAUAAAUAAAUGUUUGU